GAUUACUGGGCUCUCCUUUAUUGCACCAUAUGCAUAUGUUUUCCGAUUGUUAUAAAUUCUGUAGUGGAUCUCACCCUCGCUUCGUUUAUCAGGCAAGUAAUACUUUUGUUAAAAAAGUAAAAACAAUAACAAUAUCUCGUGAAAAGCUUGACCAAAGAACUGGAAUUAUUACGAUUUUUUUGAUUUCUAAGAUAUUUGUCAAUUAUAAUAUCUCUUUAAAUUAUUUGUAAUGGACAAGUAAACAUAUAACAUGUCUCUGUUUACGCAUUUGAGUACUGAUUAAGAUUGAAAUGCGGCAGAUGUGUUCAAGCAAAAUUUCAGAAGACAAAUACUCUAAUCAACGAUAUAGUGCUUUGUGCAAAUGAAUCAAAUGCCUUCAAGAUUUAUAACCGGCACGAUAAUACGUCUAUUGCAUUUGUCAUGGCUAACUAUAAAAACAACAAAGAGAAGAUAAUGCAUCUCAUUCAAACGCUAAGACAUUUACAUUUGGAAAUUACGAGAAUAGGACGGAAAAUUAAUCAUGCUUAUUGUCUGCAACUUCCGCUCGAAUUGGCAGUCCACUUUACGAUAGUAACAUCGACUACUUACUGUGUAUAUGGUGCAUUUUCUGGCCAUUUAAGCGUGACAGUCAACAAGGAACAGAUUAUUGGCAUGGCACUAUCGGCAUGCAUUUAUUCAUUUAAAAUUAUGUUAAUAAAUUGGCUUUGUACGAAUGUAUCAACCGAGGCAUGUAAAACUGGCGAAAUUAUACAAUCUUUUGAAGGGUCUUCUAUCGAUGAUGAUAUGAGAGAAGAGAUCCAUCAAUUUACACAGCAGCUAGUGCUUAAUUCAUUAAAUUUUACCGCUGCUGGUUUUUUUUCAAUUAAUAAUUGUCUUACUGGCAAGUUCUUUGCCACGGUCACGACGUAUGUCGUUAUUCUAAUACAAAUAAAUACACCCAUAACAUAAGAUGACAUGUAAGAUGAAAAUUCAAACAUAUUAAAGAUAAACAAUCUUCUAUUAAUACUGCUAUUCCAAGAAACAGGAGUUUACAAAGAAGUUUAAAAAAUAAGAGCUCACUUAAAUUACUAUUCUUUAUGAAUGUCAUGUAUUUUAUAAAGAUUUAAAAUUUUUCAAAUGUAUUAGAGUGU